ACUCGUUGUUCACUUGAUGAAACUCAAAUAAACGUUAAGAUAGCAAUGUUAUAAUCAGAUAUCGCUGGAAAAAAUAGUUAAAGUGAGAUUUUUAUAGUUUGACGUCAUAAGUAUCCCUCCGCGUGCUUUUGACGGAAGUAGUUCCGGUAGGCUUGGCGUAUCACCUUGAGCUCGCGAUCAGGAGCGCAUCAGUCACGGCAGACGAUCAGCAAACGCAGGAUAUUACCCGACUCUUCCAAGAUGCCCCACACUAAAGCUCAAGAUAUGGGAUCUGCCUUCAUCCAGACGCAGCAGCUCAACGCUGCCAUGGCCGACACCUUCCUGGAGCACAUGUGUCUGCUGGACAUCGACUCUGAGCCCACCAUCGCCCGCAACACUGGGAUCAUCUGCACCAUCGGACCGGCCUCUCGCUCUGUGGACAUGCUGAAAGAGAUGAUCAAGUCUGGCAUGAACAUUGCCCGCAUGAACUUCUCUCACGGAUCACACGAAUAUCAUGGAGAGACGAUGAGGAAUGUACGUGAAGCUUGUGCCAGCUUCCAGCCGGGCAGCAUCCAUUACAGGCCAGUGGGCAUCGCCCUGGAUACCAAGGGGCCAGAAAUCCGAACCGGGCUCAUUAAAGGGAGUGGCACAGCUGAGGUCGAGCUGAAGAAGGGAAAUAAGAUCAAAGUGACCUUAGAUGAUUCUUUCAUGGAGAACUGUGAUGAGGAAAACCUCUGGCUGGACUACAAGAACAUCACCAAGGUGGUGGAAGUGGGCAGUAAAGUCUACAUUGAUGAUGGACUCAUUUCUCUCCAGGUUCUGGAGAUCGGCUCUGACCAUCUGGUGUGUGAAAUUGAGAACGGAGGAACUCUGGGUAGCAAGAAGGGUGUCAAUCUGCCAGGAGCUGCUGUCGACCUACCUGCCGUUUCGGAGAAAGACAUCAAAGAUCUGCAGUUUGGUGUAGAGAUGGGAGUCGACAUGGUCUUUGCCUCCUUUAUUCGCAAGGCAGCUGAUGUGCAUGAAGUUAGAAAGGUGCUCGGAGAGAAGGGCAAGAACAUCAAGAUCAUCAGCAAGCUGGAGAAUCACGAGGGUGUGCGCAAGUUUGAUGAAAUCAUGGAGGCCAGCGACGGCAUCAUGGUCGCCCGUGGUGACCUGGGUAUUGAAAUCCCCACAGAAAAGGUGUUCCUGGCCCAGAAGAUGAUGAUCGGUCGCUGCAACAAGGCAGGAAAGCCAAUCAUCUGUGCCACACAGAUGCUGGAGAGCAUGAUCAAGAAGCCUCGUCCUACACGUGCCGAGGGCAGCGACGUGGCCAACGCCGUUCUGGAUGGUGCUGACUGCAUCAUGUUGAGUGGAGAGACUGCAAAGGGAGAAUAUCCCCUGGAGGCCGUACGCACCCAACACAUGAUUGCCCGAGAGGCAGAGGCAGCCAUGUUCCACAGGCAGCUGUUUGAGGAGCUGAGGCGCUCCACCCUUCUGACACGUGAUCCUUCUGAUGCUGUAGCUGUUGGCGCUGUUGAGUCCUCCUUCAAAUGCUGCGCCAGCGCCCUUAUUGUGCUCACCAAGACUGGCAGGUCUGCUCAUCUGAUCUCCCGGUACCGCCCACGUGCCCCAAUCAUAGCCGUGACCCGUAACGAGCAGACGGCCCGACAGGCUCAUCUGUACCGCGGCAUCUUCCCCGUCUUCUACAACAACCCCUCUAAUGACGUCUGGGCCGAGGAUGUGGACCUGCGUGUCAAUUUUGCCAUGGAAGUUGGUAAGGCUCGUGGAUUCUUCAAGACCGGUGAUGUCGUCAUCGUCCUGACCGGCUGGCGCCCAGGUUCCGGUUACACCAACACCAUGCGCGUCGUCCCCGUGCCAUAAGCGCCACAGGACCGUAAACGCACUCUACUGUUCAUACAUCACUCCCCUCCCUCACUCCCGCCCCUCCCCGACUCAAACGGGCUCAAACUGGUGACCUGAUGUCAUCACAGAAGCCUGGCUCCUCCCACACAGGCCAGUGGACCAUCAUCACUUAGACGUCGUUCUCACUUUUUUUUCCUUUUCAGUCUCAAUGGCACCAUAAUCUCGUUCAUCCACGGUUGUGUUACUCAUUAAAGCAGAGCUGUCUGUGCGCUUGUCUGUCUGCAUGUCUGGGACGGGUCGUGAACGUGACCAUUGAACAAACAGCAGCUUACCGAAACUAACCUUCUCCUUUAACAGUUCCCGAGUGGCGAAGGGCUCACGCGUGACUCUAGUUUGUGUUGUUUUUAUUUGUAGUGUGCGCUUUAUUUGCACCGUGUCUGUGUUCACACUCCUAAUGAUGUUACAUUCUGUGUUGCACUAGACCAUGAGACCAUUUUAUUUGGGAUGAGGCAACCAAUGUGCUACAGUAUAUAUAUUUUUUUGAAAUGUUGACGUUGGGAUGUCCAGCUCAUUUCUUUUGUGUCUGAGUGGAGUAAGAGAACGAUGAUGAGCGAGAGAUGAAUAUUGAUUGAGCAGCAGCGGUCACAUUCCCAGCUAUCUCUCCUGUUCAUUUCCUUUUUCUUUGCUGCUCCUGUGUGUGUGUGUGUGUGUGUGUGUUUGAGUGAGAGUGUGUGUGUUUAGAUCUACCCGCUUUGUGUCGCUAGGGUGCAAGAUGUACUUAUAACUGUAAGAGAAAUCUAUAGUAUCAUCUGAAGUGUUAUUAUUCAAGACUGAAUUAAUAAAGGAGAUGAGCAUC